AUGCACAAGUAUCGAUAACAUUUCCUCACAGACACUUCUCUCCUUCUAUCCCACUUUCGAGUGCAUUGGUGAACCGUUCAAGGAUACUUUUGCCGUUUCAAGGAUACUGGGAUACCAUAACGAAAGAUCGGAAUUUAGGAGUUGUUCGAAACGGUUAGUGACAGUGCGUGUGCAGUCCACAUUACAUUUGCGGUUGGCGGUAUGUGAAAUCAAUGGAGGACGACGAGAUAUAGUUGUAUACGGUGAAAUUCUGUAAUAAUACGAUACGGUACGUUGCACAAUUCACGUAUCGUGGGACAUGCUAAAAUAUACCGAUACAUCUUGAAGUUUUUUUUCGGUUUUAUCGAAAAUCGGAAACGAUAAUCCAAUUAUUUAACUUUGGACGAGCGGAAAACGAUAAUUGACUACUUAUAUAGUAUUAUCAAGAAAAAUGAUUUGAUUUAAAAAUUUUUUGCAAAAUUGGAUAUGAUUUGGAUCAAUGUUGUAUUUAUAAAACAGUUAAAACAUGAAAUUUUCGAUUAUUCGAAUAUUUCUUAUGAACUAGAAACCAUGUAUUCGCGUAUACUAAUUCUGGAAGAUUGCUUUUGAUAAGAUAAGAUAAAAUUUACACUCCUUGUACUGAUUCUUACAUUUUUUCUUCCUCUUUAAAAAUUUAAUGUCUGAUUUCAUACGAGACAAGCCGUCUGCAUACGAGAUCAACGGAUCUCUUCCUGUUAAGUACAGGUCACGGAUGAAAGUUGAACGAAGUGAAUGCAUCAUAUACGUGGUAUCACGAUUUGACUUCAUUAAACGACCUUUUUUUGCUGCUAUACAUGAAUCGUUUGUAACGAGGUGCGAUAUGUCUGCUUCCGUGAUUCAACUGACCCUGCGGCCAAUUUAGAUGGAACAAUGAUGCUGUCAAAAGUGCGGCGUUGCUGAGGCUAAAUUAUCUGAUCGAAAUUAAAACAGUGAGAAUCGGAUCAGAAAAAAAUGUUAACCACGGUGCUUCCGUUGCUGUUGAUCAUCACGGCUCGCGCGGGGACGUGCGCUGGGUUAUGCGUGCUGGAGAACGGAACGAGGGCACGUUGCCAGGCCCUCGAGGACAUCAGAUACAUCGAAACGUACGAUCUCGAGCCGCUCAAGGCCCACGUGAGGGAGCCGAUCCUCCGCUCGUCGACGGUGUUCGCCAAUUUCACCGGCCUCCGCCACCUCGACCUGUCCACCGGCUCCCUCGAAAGGAUAGAGGCGGGCAGCUUCCUGCGACUGUCCAACCUGAGGAGCCUGAACCUCGCCGAGAAUCGCAUCCGCGACAUCGAAACGGGCUCCCUGGACGGCCUCGACCGACUGCACACCCUCAACCUUCGCGGAAAUCGCCUCCGACACCUGCCCCCCGAACUUGCCCGCCUCAAGCUCCUCCAACACCUCGACCUCCAAGGGAACCCCCUUCGUUGCGACUGCGCCACCCUCGACACCAGGGACCUGUUGACGGCCAGGGGCGUGAGAUUCGAGGGGAACGUAGUAUGCGCCUCCCCUGCCAACUCGAGGGGCAUCCCCCUGCUCAGGCUGGACGCUGCGCUCGUUUGCCGAUUCGAGGAGCAGGACCUCCUCGGCAUGCAGAACGACCAGGCCGACCAAAGUUCUUACGACAGCUCCGGUGAUUCGCCCGCCAAGCGCUACGACGAGGACGAGAAGGAGGAGGUGUUGGAGGAGUUGGAGGAGGAGGAGGAGGAGAAAGAGGAGGAGGAGGAGAGCACGGAGAUCGUGGAGACCACGAUUCGAGCGGAGAGCGAGACCCCGUUCCGCGAGAUCGACUCGCCCCCUGCCUCCACCCCGUUCCUCGAGGAGGUGGAGCCCCCUUCAACCCUGGGGGACUCCUCCACCCCCACCUCCACCGAGGAGGCGGCGAGCAAAGGGGAGAGUGAGCCGUCGAAGAAGACGACGGCGUUCGCCAGCGAGAAGAUACACGAGGACGGCCUGUUUUACCCAACGGAGGGCUCGGGCGCCGAGGACGAGGAGGAGGGGGAGGAGGAGCAGGGAGAGGGAUCGGGGGUGGAGGGUUCGGGAAGCGGGUCGACUUCGACGCAUCCGUCGAGGGAGGGGAAGGGGGAGGACGAGGGGUUCUCGUUGUUCGACGGCCUGUACAACAUAAUUUGGGGGACGACGGAGGGGACGACGAACGAGGGCCCCGACCUGGAGGAGGAGCAAUUCAUCGACGCGACGCCGACCAAGGGGGAGAAAGAGGUGGAAGAGGAGGAGGAGGAGGAGGACAAAGCGUCGACGACGAGCACCACCACCACCACCACCACCACCGUCAGCUCCCUCAGCACGGAGAUCAUCCUCGUCCCGGGCGUCAAGUUCGUCGACAACUCGAGCAAAUCGGGGAACGUGAAGAUGGAGGAGGGGGAGGGGGACGAGUUGGCCUCGCCUACCAGGCAAUCGAAGAAGGGGAUGGGCUCGUACGUGGUGCUUGCCGCCCUUUUGGCAAUCCUCGCCACUUUGAUCGGGUUCGCCGCGUACAAGGGGGGCUUCUGCAGGAGGAGGAGGAAGCGGGGGGACGUGGAGAACGGGACCGAGCUGAAGGACAUGCAGAAAGCGUUGUUGGAAACGGCCAAUACGGGGGCGCAGGCGAAGGUGGCCUCGAACGGGAACGUGGAGAGCGCCCCCCUCGUCGUCGACCACCCCGUCGAUCAGACGUUCGAUCAGGACGAGAUCAAGGUUUCGAACGAUUGUCGGGUGCCCGACACGGGAGCGAAGAGGAGCGCCGUUCCGAGGUCUCCCUCGAGGGGGGGGAGGAGCAGGAGGGACUCGAUCGACGGAGGCGCGUCGAGAGAGGAGGAUCGUGUGCAGCAACAGCCUCCGUUGAGCCCCGGCGCCCAGAGAGUGAAGAUCACGGUCCAAGAGAAUCCUGACAGCGUGCCAAAGACGCCUAUACUCAUCACGAGAACGUCGAACGGUGAGAAUCUAGUCAAGACGCCUUGAGAUCGCCCCUCCCCCCUCCCUCGAGGGAGGAAAACGGAUGGAUCUGGCCGACGGAUGGGAAAUUCGAAUGGAGGAGAGGGAGGAAGAAAGGUGAAGGAAGAUUGAGAGAGAGAGAAAAAACAAUGAAUAAAAAAGAGAUGCACGAGCGUCGGAGGAUGGUAGGAUUGAUCGUAGGAUUGUGUGUUGCCGCCAGUGUUCCUAAAAGAAAUGAAAAGAAAAAAAAAAAAGAAAGUUGAUACAACGAAUUUAUCGAUACUCUUGAUCGAAUUUUUAUGACGUUUCAUGACAGUGAGUUCUUUCUUCUUCUUCUUCUUCUUCUUCUUCUUUCUCUCGUUGUUGUUACAUCGAUUAUCCGAGUUUGUGUUCACGAAUUUUUUUUUGCGUGCCCGACUGCUGCUGUAUUGACUCUCUCUAUCUUUUUCUUCCUCUUCUUCUUCUUCUUCUUCUUCUUCUCGUUGAGCGAAGAAAGUAUACACACAUACGCGUAUACACGCGUACAGUUUUUUUUACAAACGACGAUUCGUUUAGUAUUCGGUUACUAAACGGGAGAGGAAGGAGGAGGGAUUCUAUGAAACGCGAUUUCAUUGUACAUAUUUGCGAAUAAUAGAAUAUAAUAAUAAUAAUAAUAAUAAUAAUAAUAAUUAUGCCGUUUGUUAUAAGGUUUGUGGAUGGAAAACCUAUUUGAUACUAUUACUACUACUACUAUUACUAUUACUAUUACUACUACCACCAGUACUAAUUUUAUAUUACAUAUGUAUACGCAAUAUUAGCACACUAGUCAGUCACCUGUUAAGCGGUAUCCCUUCUCGAACGUCUCGAAUGGACGUCCGGUUUUACGAUAUAAGUUCCAUUAGAAUCCUCUGAACUCAACCACCAUUCUUGUUUCGACGUUUAACGACGCUAUAAACGGUGAGAAUCCUCGCCUCUAUGUAUUGUCACAAUCGCUCUAAACUUGGUUAAACAUCCGUCUCCGUAAUGUCGUCACGACCGGCUUUUUGUUGUAGCUUUUUCGAGUCCCGUAGAUCGAUAACCGCGUCUCGUGACUCUGUUGGACGAGUUUUUUUUCUUUCUUUUUUUUUUUUUUUUGAAAGAAGAAGAAGGAAGGAAAGAAAAGAAAAGAAAAGAAAAGAAAAAAAGGAAAUUAAUUUAUACGAAACAUCGUAUUGUAACGUAUUUAUAUGCAACGAAUUCCAUUCCAGAUUUAAUCGUAUCCCUUUUUCUCGACGAUCGUUCCAAUCGUCAACGAUCGCGCAACGGACGUUGAAUGAAUAAAUUUAAGAAUUUAAGCUUAGUUUAUAGAUAGCUCGUUUUAAAAAGUAGAGGAGAAUUUUAAACUUUCAAAUAAAAAGAAACGCCGAAAAAGUUCGCCUGUCCUAUCGAAUAUUUUUUUAUAAAACUUCGAUAUCUGUUACAAAUUUUCUUAUUAAACAAUCCUUUCUAUCCUUUCUAAGAAGAUAAAAGAAUAAAUAAAAUUGUUAGACGCGUCAGAGAAUAAUGGGAGCAUAUAUAAUAUAUUUCCAUUUUUCUCUCCCGUCAUUUCUCUCUGCAUUCCUCGUAUCUUUUUCCAUGCCAAAUUUCGACGAAACUUUUUCCAAGACCAAAUGUGUAUAAAACGAUCGAAUUUACGAUUUUACGUUAAUUAAGUGAGAGGAGUAAAAAAAAAAAAAAAGAAAAAUCCCCCCGAACGAAAAUUUCUUCCAAAGAGAAGAACACGCGUCUUAACACUGCUGUCGCGAUAAUUAUUCCAAUGAUUUUCGAGUUUGCAUUGCUGCGCGUGUUCCCUCUGUUCGAUUUGUUCGACAACGAGUGAAAUCGUCCUCGUUAAUACUGUGAUCAUCGUUGAAAUGAUGGAAAAGAAGGGGGAACGGGAAGGGGGAGGGGGGGGAUUGUUCGAUCCUUCGUGAUAUCAUCGUACGAGAAUCCGUUAAUAUAUCCGCCAUUUUCCACCUUGUUCCCUAGAUAAAUCUUUCUUCUCCCCCCCCCUCCCCCCAUGCAACAUUUUAUCAAAUGUAAACGUUGUUAUGUAUAGGUAGGAAUAUAUGUGUAGCAAUCAUAUAUCUCGAUAUAUUUUUCAACCGUUUAUAUAAUAUUAACAAUGGAUGCGAAAUAAAAAAAAAAAAAAGAAAAAAAA